UAAUGCGCAACUCAGUUGUGCCAACGCGAGGCUGUCAGUCGAAAAGCGCGCGAAAUUUGACAUUUUUAUUUUAAGUGGCACUCGUAAGGUGUUAAAAUGAAAUACUUAGUUGUUUUGGCUAUUUUUGCUUUGGCUUUUGCCGCUGAAGAGAAAGCUGACGAUGAGAGGCCGAAGACUUACAGGCGGUUAAUUCCUGCUGAUGUCCUCAGAGACUUCCCGGGCAUGUGUUUCGCCUCUACCCGCUGUGCCACAGUAGAACCUGGUAACUCCUGGGACCUCGCUCCGUUCUGCGGCAAGAGCAGCUGUGUCAUCAGUGAAGACGAGCCCCCAAGGCUCCUAGAGCUGGUGGAAGAUUGUGGACCACUCCCAAUCGCUAACCCCAAGUGCAAGCUUGAUACCGAGAAAACAAACAAAACUGCACCCUUCCCCGGCUGUUGUCCAAUCUUCACCUGUGAGGCUGGAGUCAAGUUAGAGUACCCAGAACUCCCAACUCCACCACCAGAAGAUGAGAAAAAGGAAGACAAGAAGGAAGCCUAAUUUAUUACAAAAUUAGAAAUUAAAAUUUAAUUUUUAAGCGCCAUGACAGCAUCAAUACAAAAACGAGCGGGAAAGAUAUUAGAACAAUUCAAAAACGUUCCAUUUUUAAUUUAUAAUCUGUGUAUCGAGCGGAAAGUUUGACAUCCAUUUAUCUUUUUUUAUUGUCAACCGAACAAUGCACAAAGGUUGCUUUCAAAAAGGUUUUAUACUGUGACAACUUUCUACUAUUAAGCAUUGUUGGUAUUGCGAACGCGACUUCCUGCAUCCCGUUCUUUCAAAUCUGUAUCGGAAUUCAAUUGUCGACUUGAAUUGAAUUUUAUUUUUUUUUAGAAUUCGAUUUUUAUUUGAAUACUGCCUAUGAAGUUUGUGAUAUUUUAAUAGAAAAGAUAUUCAAUAAAAAAUACAAAAUUUCUA